CCCAUCUCGAUUCACAACACACUCUCCACCACCACCCAUGGCCGCCGUCGAGCAACUCACAGUGCAGGAGAAGCUCCUUCUUGCACAGGCGGUGUACAAGGUCGGCGCGGCCGACUGGCCGACCGUCUCAAAGCUUCUAACAGAGCACCCAUGCCACAUCGGCCGCCCUCCCGAACUCUUCACCCCCGAGGCAUGCGAAGCGAGCUAUGUCGCGCUCAUGACGGGCAUAGAGAUCAAUGUACCCGCUCCAGAUGCUGCGAGACCGCAGGCAAAGGUCCACCUUCAGCUCGCGCAGACGUUCUACUAUGCGCGCAUGCAGGAGCUCAAGGACCAGAUCACGACAUACGAGCAGCGAUUCACCGAAUUGAUGCACGAGGUCAACGCAAUCAAGGCCGGCAAGCUGGACGACAAGAUCCACGGAGAGAUCCGCGCAGCUCUUGUCAAACGUUAUGGUCGCAAAAUGGUCGACAGCUGGGCACCACUGCCUGAGGACGUCGUCGCGGCUGUGGAGGCUGGACCCGACGGCGCCAAACAACCUGAGCCCACACCCGAGCCUGCCGAGACUUCGCUGGAGCAUGCGGCUGAGCAGCCUGCCGAACAGAAGGAGUCGCACGCAGACGAGUCAGCGGACGCAGAAAGCACCGAGAAGCCUGUCGCUGUGGAGGCGCAAACGGUGGAGACUUCUCCUAACCGACCUGGAGAGCCCGCUGAAGGCUCCGCUGAGGAGCCCGCCGACGAGGAGCCCGCUACUGAGGAUCCUGCCGUCGAGGAACCUGCUGUUGGAGAGCCUGCCGCCGAGGGUUCUGCCGCCGACACGCCUACCGUCGAGGAGGAGCCUGAGGUCCUGGAGGCUGACGCCGAACAGGAUAAGCCGGAGGAGUCUGAGGAGCCUGAGGCCGAGGCCGAGGAGACGCUCGAUGACACGCCCAAGGCUGAGGACGCGAUGGACGUCGACGAAGAACCAGAGCCCGAGGCCAAGGUGACCCCCGCGGAGCCAGAGUCCGAGGUCAAGGAGACCACUGCGGAACCCGAGGCAGAGCCUGAGCCGCGCAAGGUCGCUGUUUCUCCUAAGAGGACCACCGUAUCGCCACAAAAGGCCCCCCGUUCGAAGAAGGGCAGGAAGGGCAAGGCGGCGGCAGCUGAAAAGUUGACGAAGGAAGAAGCACAAGCCAUGGAUGUUGACAAUGACGAGGAGGACGUGACGAAGGCCCCAGAGGAGGCGGAGCCAACAGCUGCUCAAGGAUCUGCCGAGGAGGAGGCCCCCGAGGAUGUACCCACCGAGAAGGCGUCGUCCGAACCUCCCGCCGAGGACAAGCCCUCUGAGGAGCCGGAAGUCGAGGCGGAUGCUGAGGCGGAUGCUGAGGCUGAGGCCGAGGCAGAGGCCGAGGCUGAGGUUGAGGCCGAACCCGAACCGGAGCCGGAGCCUCAGCCAAAGAAGCCCAAGUCCAAGGGCAAGAAAGGGAAAAAAGCCAAGGCAGAAGAGAAGGAGCCCACCCCGGAAGCCGAGGAAGAGGAGGCAGCCAAAGACGAGGCCGAAGCGUCCAAGCCCGCGACUCCCAAGGCCACGUCUCCCGUAAGCGAGACGUCGGAGCUGUCACCUGCAUCCGACUUAUCGCCGCUGCCUGCCGAAGCAGGGCCAGGCGAUGCGUCGCCGUCUUCGCCAACCCCAGCAGCGACGCGGGGGCGCAAGCGCAAGGCGACGAUACAGCGUGGUCCUCCCCCGAAGCGCGGGCGGGGCCGCAAAGCUGCCACCACCCCUGUCGCUGCCGAGUCUGAAGCCGAGGAGGAGAAGGAGAAGGAGGAGAAGGAGGAGGAGAAGGUGAAGGAAGAAGAGGAGGAGCCGCGGGGACGCCGCUCGUCGCGCCGCAAGGCGCCUCCGAGCUCGCCGCCCAAGCGCGGCGCGAGUGCUAGCAGUGCGACGCCGUCAGAGCGGCCGCGGCGCGGCGGGCGCCGCGCGAAGCGCGGUGCCUCUGAAGUCUCGGUGAAGGAGGAGAGCGAGGCGGAGGAGGAGAAAGAGGAGGACAAAGAAGAGGAGGAGGAGGAGCCCGAGGAGGAGCCCGAAGCCAAGCCGACGCGCGCGUCGACGCGCCGCAAAGUCGAGCCCCGCAAGCGGCGCACCCCCCGGCCGCCCGCACGCGACUCAGCCGGCGCUGAGGAGAGCGAGAGCGCGAGCCCGAGCGUGCCGCCCAGCGGCGCGACGCGGGGGCAGAAGAACACGCAAAAGCUCAUCCUCAGCCUCCUCGACACGAUCCAGGAACACAAGUACGGGCCCGUGUUCCAGAACCCGGUCAAGAAGUCCGUCGCGCCCGACUACUACGACGUCAUCAAGCGCCCGAUGGACCUCAAGAAGAUCCGGGCGCGCAUCAAGGACGGGAGCGUGAGCACGAUCGACGAGUUUGAGCGCGACAUCCGUCUCAUGUUCGCCAAUGCGGCCGUGUACAACCCCAAGGGGAGCCAGGUCGCCGAGUUUGCGCGCGAGAUGCUCGCGGCUGCCGAGGGCCACAUCGCGCACUGGAAGAGCAUGGAGCACCACCUCAAACGGUAGAGCCGAAAAGCACUGGCCCGUGCGGUAGUUAACUGGAUCGGGUGCGGAUGCAGCUUUGCUUGGCCUUAAUCGGAUCUCGCGCAUCGCGGUGACACGCUUUUCGACGGCUUCACAUCAUCUCUGCCGGCAGACCAUGCGCUUGAGACGCGAGACGCGCACGGAGAGUCGCACAUCCGCAAUGCCACCGCGCAACCUCAUAAUUGAUUAACAGCACAUUGCUAUUUUGAGUGCAGCCUUUGGCACUAGAAUUGUUAUGAGGAGCCCUUCGGCGGGGAU